CAAUCCGUCGCGAACGCUACCUCCCCUCUCACUUCUCCCCUCCAACACUACGAAGCACCAUUUCACUCCUCACUUCUCUUCUCCCCCAAAUCUCUCUUCGCCCACGCGGCGGAGCCGCCGGCGACGGCGUGGAGGAGAUGAUGUUGGUAGCUGCCCAUGGAGGGGCCGCGCUGACGCGAUGAGGGCCCGACGGCCAGCCACGGAUCCAAACCAGAUCCAUGGAGCGACGGGCGGUGGCGCGAUGGCAGAGCUGUGCAGAGGGUGGAGGCGCAACCAUGGCGUCGUAUGCGAGGUCGGCGUGUGGGGUGGGGGAUCUGGGCGAGCUCCGCCGCCAUCUGCCACCGCCGCCGUCCCCGCCAACCCGCACGGCAGGAUCCCGAUCCCCGCUCCUCUUCCGCGUCUGUCGUCAAGGAGGAGCAGCGCCGGACGCUGGGAGGUCCAGUAGCCGGGGCCGCGGAGGAGCCGCGCCGGCCGCCGGUAGGUCCAGUAGUCGGGGCUGCGGAGGAGCCGCGCAGAGCGCCGGGAGGUCCAGACCAGAAGCCAUGGCCGCUGGUGCGUGUGUGCUAUUCCUGCCGCUGGUGCGUGUGUGCUGUUCCUGCCGCUUCCUGCCGCUAGUGAAUGCGGGUUGUUCCUGCUAUGGGGAAAGGCCCGUUGGGGCGAUGGAGAGAGGGCGUUCGCGCUGUUGGGAGCGAUGCUUAGUGUUCGGGCUGGGGCUCCUCUCGUCCCGAACUAAUUCGUUCGAUCGAUGCCCAGAUUCCUCCGGAACGAAUCGUUCGGUGUGGGGAGGUCCCAGACCGAACGUUCGGCCGUUAUCGGCGUCCUAUAUAUUUUUGAAAGGAAACCGAGCAAUAUCUCAUCAAAUAAAGUCAAAUGGAGCAACUUCCCUUUCGGGUGAAACUUUACGAGAGUAUCCAAGUCGCAAGACAGCUCGGGAGGGCACGGCCGAGGCAGCCGAGGUGACUGGGAGCUAUCUUGUGCGCUCCCGCACCCAGGCGACCAACAGGAGGUUGCGGGGUGGCCGGAGCAAUGGCUUGACUGCUUCGUGGGAGCGCUCAUGGUAGGUGCAGUCUACAUAGGGUCAGGGUCGGCAUGGGCGAGAGAAAGGGGUAGGGAAACCUUGGCAUCACAGAGUUCUCCCACAUUCCCGAAAUGAAAGAGAACUAACAAGGACACAACAAUUAUUAGCUCGAGCUCAAAAUGAGCCCGUAUAAACACUAAAAUCAUAAAAAAUGUUUUUUAAUCUGAUUUAUUUUUUCUAUGAAACAUUGACAAAAGUUUCGAGUGCUUGUAAAAUUUCAUCAUGAAAUCACAUUCUGGAAGUGGUGGUAAAAAAUAAACUAAUGCUCCAAAAAUGGUAUAGUCGAAAGCAUUUUUUUGCUGCGGCUUCCACGAAUGUCAUUUCAAAUUGAAUAUUUGCAGGCUGUUAAAACAUUUGUUAAAGUUUACCAUACAAUUUUUUAGAAUUCUUUGAAUGUUUUUUCA